AUGCAUUUCGCAAUCUCCGCGUUUAUUGUUGGCACUUUUAUACGCACUUCCCUUGGAGGAACCCUUCAGGUCAUUGACGAAGACCGUGACUGCAAAAUAUACCCCAGCGACGUUCACGGUUGUACGGGAUACUCUGCACCAUUUGCAAAGCUUGACGGAGAAGAUUGCUCGAAUUUCACUGUGGCCGUCAAUGGCACUCGCCUGGACUUUUCUUAUGUUGAUGUCGCAGCGUGUGGCCAGGUGGACGGCAAGAAUGCAGCCUGGAUCAGGGUUAACGAGACUGGAGAAGUCUCUUUCUCUAAACAGGGCGGCGACAACGCUAAAUGCAAGCUGGAAAGGGGGCUCAAUACUGGGAGCUCAUGCAGCGCGUCUGAUUUUAAGUCCUUGACUAGUACAACCGCAAGUACCACCGGAGGCACCACCACAAGUACCAUCGCAGACACCACAGGUACCACCGCAGGUACAAACACUAGUCCGUCUUCGAGCCUCGAUAAUGGGUCCGCUACGUCGACCUGUGCUUGCACCUAG